UAUGACAGUUGGGCCGGCGCAGCCAUUUCCGCUCCCUCGCGCUGACGUAGCCAGAUUCACACUGCACUCGGCGGUUGUAAGUCGGCUGAUUGUUGGAGUGGGCACCGGGGUCGAGACCGCGAGAGAAUGGUCGGCCUCCGCAGGGGCACGUGAGACACAAUCCGAAAUCGGGACGGUUGAAAUCGAUGCAGCUCCACUUCAGACGUUCCAGAUGAAAGACCCACCAGCCGGCUAAAAUAACUCAUCACUGUCGAGCCCCUGAACGUCUUCGGCUGCUAUCCGGUUACAUUUUUGGGAGGAAGGAAGUGGAAAAGCCCUCGAGACAGACAUUCACACGCCAAGAGGAAGUCUCGAAAGACUGCAGGCUCUUAAAGAGGCCUCGCAGUACUUGACAACCCCACAGGAACAGCUCUGAAAAACGCUAUUUACGUCUUAUUUUUCUGGAUUAUUAUCGAGUUGUGGUGCUUUUCAAACAGGGAUCACCCCGCAACUGGAGAAACAGCUGAACAAAUCGAGCUUUGACCUUUCGUAAGUGUUCAGUACUGUCACGUAAUCAGCAGUUCAGUAGCACAAAUCGGUUCACUGUUAUUGUAUGUUCAAACUGACAUUAUAUACACACUCUGUGAUCUUGUUUACUUCCAAAUUUGACAUUCCUCCAAGGUAAUAUUAAAGAAACAGUCCACAUAGUUCUGUUGUAAGUCAACUGUCUUGAUUGACUCAUCAUACUUUCAAUUUUGGAGGGAAGUAACCAUUUAUGAACAGUUUACAAGAUGGGGAAGAUGCUAUCGAAGAUAUUUGGUAACAAAGAGAUGAGAAUACUGAUGCUCGGACUCGAUGCUGCAGGGAAGACCACCAUCCUUUAUAAACUGAAACUGGGCCAGUCUGUGACCACGAUACCCACUGUCGGUUUCAAUGUGGAGACGGUCACCUAUAAAAACGUCAAGUUCAACGUGUGGGACGUCGGUGGCCAGGACAAGAUCCGUCCCCUCUGGCGACAUUACUACACAGGCACGCAAGGGUUAAUUUUCGUGGUGGAUUGUGCGGAUAGAGAUCGCAUCGACGAGGCCAGACAAGAACUCCACCGCAUCAUCAACGACCGUGAGAUGCGGGAUGCCAUCAUUUUGAUUUUCGCCAAUAAGCAAGAUCUACCGGAUGCCAUGAAGCCGCAUGAGAUCCAGGAGAAGCUGGGACUGACCCGCAUCAGGGAUAGGAAUUGGUAUGUGCAGCCCUCUUGCGCGACCACCGGCGAUGGACUGUACGAGGGCUUAACGUGGUUAACGUCUAACUACAAGUCUUAAUGACAGCGAUUGGCACUGACUGUUUAGGACAAAUAAACUCAGUAUGGGGCAAAUCAGAUGUCUCCCAACAAGUAUUCAUCAUAUUUUGACUUACAGUUAACAUUUUGUUUUGGUUUGAAAUGACCCUUAAAAAUUUAUCUCUUUGAAACGUAAUGAGUUUGGCUUGCUUUUAAUUUUCUGUGAAUUGUGGCAAACACUUGUCACUCACCUUGGACUAUGGCUUAAUAUGACAAAGCAUUCCUAAAUGAAGAUUCUCUAUAUAUUUUUUUCCUCGAAAGUGUAGGUUUUCUAUCUUUGUUGUCUUCAGUUCAAGCUUCUUUCUUUGAGAGUUUGGGGUUUUGUCUCCAACAAACGGUCCAUCAGUGGUUAAAGACAUUUUAUACUGAGAUGUGUCAAAAAAGCUGUCCAGGCAUCUACUGUAGCAAAGCACAGUUUUGCUGAGGAGGUUGUAGCAUACUAACUGUAGGUAGCUAUGUGGUGUAACGGGUGUAAAACCAUGCCAUAAUUAUGAUAUCACUCACAUACAAUGAUAAUCAACCUGUAAAUGAGACCAUGAAACAUUUUAUGCAAAAAAAAUCUUGGGCUAUAAUUUUGGAUGAAAGAAUUGCCAUAGAGAUAAACUUAAACUAGCAUAAUCAAACUGAGUGAUGUCUUGUGCUCUCAAAAGGUUGCUGAAAGGUUUUUGUCUGCAUUGCAAUGUAGCUCAAAACAAGUUAAAAAUAAGAGAUUAGAUUUACAACCAAGUCGAAAAGGAUGCCAUUUGUAGCCCCAUUACCAUUUAGGCUAAACGCAUUGACCAGAUUGUUUUUCACUUACACAUAUGUCUCUAAAAUGUGGUAUUGUUACAUUCUUACAUUUCAAGUGUAGUGCCUGCGGUAGAGUGGACUGAAUUUUUCAUUUUUGAGAGAAAUGCUUAAUUCUGUUCAUUUCCCCUCUUUGCUUUACUCAUUUCGAGAAAUGUGUACAGAAACACCCAUGUAAUUACUUCUUCAAAUUAAACUUAGUCAUUUUAAAAGCUUUAGUAUGUUCUUAUUCUGACCAGUUUGAUGCUGUCUUCCAAGAAUUUAUGUAAGGGGAGUUUCCACUGUCAUUUAUGAAGCCAAAUCAAAGUCAGAUGAAAAUAAGGACAUUCAUCUCGCUUUUUAAAUUUUGUUCUGGGUAGUGCACUUUACAAGUAGUUUAUUCUCACAUUUAGUGAGUAGUUGCGUUGUGGUCCAUGUGUAUUUGCACCAUAAGAACUCUGGAAUCCAUGGUAGACAAAUUGGUAAAGAAUGUGCAUUGGGUUUAAUGUUUGACCUCUUCAUUUGUUUGCACACAGGACAUCUUUCUAAAGGGGACAUGUUAAACAGCAGACUUGUUUGUGAGCCUGUUUAUUUGGUGAAUGAUUCAUUGCAUUAAUUUGCACAGGAACAGAGAGUACGGGAAUUUACAGAUCCUCCCAAGGUCUAAGUUCUAAUCUCUAAUCUAAAAUAAGCUCUAUCAGCACUCUGGUGUUUUGAAGUGGUAUGUUGGAAACAGGUCCGUUCCAUACACCCCCCCCCCCAGCAAAUUUUGCUUUAAAAACAGGAUGUCUCCCGCUUGCUCUGUAAAGGCUGCACAGCUGCUAAACCGUUGCAUACAGAGAAGAGUAAUGGGCGGCCGGUGCUGGACGGCACAAAUGCUGCUCUUGCUGACACAGCUGUAAAUAACAAGUGCUGUGCUCACUUGUUGAUUUGGUGCUUUGAGCGCCAUCUUGUAUGAUUGUUAAACCAGUAGGCCGCUUUUCAUCUCCCACACUCGGUAAGACAGUAUUCAAAUCAGUCCAAGCCACAAGGGCCACAUAAGCUGCUCCCAUUGCCAGAAAUGAGCUGAUUGCUGACAUAUUAACAGUUGUUAUGAGAGUUUGUAUUUGAGCAGCAGAAUUUUCAUUUUUACCGAAAUUGUAGUACACUUGCUUUUAAAAAUAGAGGGAAAACUGAGUUUAGAAGUGAGACUACAGGUUUGCCACGGUCUUGGAAAACCUGAAAAUUUUCAAUAGUGUUUUCCAGACCUGGAAAAGUCGUGGAACUGGAAAUUAAUCAAAUAUUUAAUGUCAUGGAAAAAUAAUCGAAAUGUUUUAUAGUGAAUCUACAUUUUUGUGCUUUGCUUUGUUCUAAAAUAUUCUAUUGGCUAGAUCAGUGUUUCCCGACCUUUUUUCAGUCAUGGCACCCUUUGAGAAUUUACUAAGGGGGCUUUCACACUGGGCACGUUAGUUGCAGUCCGAUUCCGAGUGCGAUUGUUCCCGGUGCCCCCCGCAGCAUUGGUCUGGUUUCAUGCUAACUUGAUUCUAUUGAACCCCUGUCCAUUUUUGUUUCUUAUGUCAUCCCAAACAUGCAUGGAGAACACAACGUGACUCAUCAUACUUUUUGUUUUUUUGUUAUUUUGGUGCCAUUAUGCACAGCAGAGUGAAUGACAACUGUGUAUAUGUGCGCUUCAUGGUGUAACUCAUCAGAUGUCUAGGGGAAGGUGGCUUGCUGCUGCUCGCAAACUGCGUUUUUUGAGGAGACAGCUGAUUGCAAGGAAUUCAUUUGCAUCUUUGUUUACACUGCACGCUUACGUUCGUGUCCAGUGUGAUGUUAUCGCCACUGUCAUCUCCUGUUAUACCCUGUAUUUAUAACCUAUAAUAGUAUUUAUAAGGUGUAUAGACAGACAGACAGACAGACAGUAUUUAUAGUGUUGUAUACCAUUGUGGUGUCAUUACUUUUUUGGGACAUUCAGGAAUGUAUGGAUCCUCGUGUGUUGUCGAAACUAAUGAUGUCGUCAUCAGCUAAAAUGCAUGCGCAGAGUACUUUACUUCCUGAAUGAGUGUGCACCCGAGUCCGAGUUGCUUUCACAUUCACGCGAAUCGCGCUCUAGUUCCAUUGCAACCGAACUCAGACCACCUCCUACAGGUAGUCUUGGGUGCGCUCCCCGGUACGUAUGACAGCUUUCACAUUACCAAUGUUUCAUGCGAACCAUGCUCUGUCUCGAACUAAACUGCCAGUGUGAAAGCACCCAAGGUCAGAACUGUGAAUUGGAUAUCAGGUGACUGUCACACAAACUUUAUUCUCAUGGCUGCAUCUUAUUUUAUAAUCUUCACAAGUUCCUUGGAAUUUAGGGUGCUGCAUAUGGAUUUAUUAAUAACUUUGGAGGUCAAAAGUUCAAAUGAUCUCAUUCUUUCCCUCUUUCUCAGACUCGCAUGAUGUUUCAGCAAAAGCCUUGUGCAGACACCCUUGGAACACUAAAACAAAGGCACAAUAGGACAUAAGGCGUGUUUUGCUGGAAUAUGCCCGUUUGUAAGUGCUUAGUGGUGUGUGUAUAUAGAGGAAAACAGGUGCUGUUUGUGCCUGAUCAGCGUGGUUAGUGGACAGGGUGAACUCCCCAAUGGACAAUGAAUAAGAACAGAAAUAUGUUUGCAUGGUAACAUCCGUGCUGCAGUUUUAAGCUGGUUUAAAGUGCUCACUCUUACAGUAUGAGGAAGUUUGACCGUGUCAUUUCAAAUAGCACACGUUGGACAGUUUCACUCCCACUUCAGUUCCAUAUGGAGUGUUUUACAUUUAAGCACCUGUGUACACUUUUAAACCUUAAAUGACUUUCGUUUGCAUCUCAAAUAUGAUUUAUAUUUCAUAAAGCAGCAAUUUUCAGAACUGUUGGCUUAUAGAAAACCGUUUGUUUGAACACUAAAUCGAAAAGUGCUUUAUUUGGUACACUAGUAUUUGUUUUAAUUCUAUUCACUGUCCAGUCAUUGACAAUCUAUGUAACUUGCAUGUGUGUGCGUGCUAAGGAAGUUUUAGUGCAAAGCUGGUCUCUGGUGAUCUGUAAAGGGAAGUGGUCAGUGUCGUCAGGCCUGGCUGUGGGUGGUUGGGUGGUACUGGUGUAGCUCUGCUGCUGAUGGUGGUGUUGAGCUAAUGACACGUGUGCUAUUAGUAGUCCUCUCUAGUAUGUAUAAAAGGGUACAGAACACUUUAAACCCCACAGAACAAACACCUUGCACACCUUACAUUUGACAUUUUGAUGCAUGUUUUUUUUUUUUUUAAAUGAAAACAUGAAUGUAAUUCAGACCCAGUAAAUGUAUUGCUUUUGCAAAAAUAACACUUCUGAUCUGUAAUGUUUAGUGCAAAGGAAACAAAAUAUCCAAUAAUAAUCUAGAGAUUAACAUUUUAACGGCCAAAGUUGGCUUACCAAAUACAUCUGAAUUUGUAACAAAACAAAAAAUCACACCCAAACAUAAUAACUGUUGGUUUUGGUGUAUGUGAAGUUUCCUUAAAGGUGCAGUACGUAAGAUUCAGAAACCCUUGUUUUUAAUGACACCUGUGGCCGUUAAGUGAACUGCAGCCUGUUGCUCGUGAUCGUGCGCACUCCAUAGGGACCAAAACAAAGAGACUGAACGUGAUUCACCGGCAUCAUGAUGACAGAUAAGGUAACAUAAUUAAAAUUAGACAGUUAUGAUUGUUUUACUACAAACUUUGAGACUGCAUAUAAUAUUUGACUCUCCAGUGCUGGAACAGGGCUAAAACAAAGUGUAAAUAUAGGUCUGACUAUGCGAGACUGUAGGGUACGUUUACACGACAACGAUGUAAUAAAAACGGAAAAGUUUUUCCUUUUGCGUUUUUGAAAAGUUUCGCGUACAGACGACAACGUUGUCAAAACGAUCUCCGUUCACACAUAUCCCCGAAAACUACUAAAAACGCUGUAUUAUGCAUGCCAGGCCAGUAGUUGGCGAUGUCACAUGCGCACAUAAGCAUUUUUAUUGCUUUAAUCAAUAUAACAUGACAGUCAAACCAGCUGAAAGCUUAAGAAAUAAACUAAAAGAAAAAAAAAACUAACAAAAUGGUAUAUCGACAAUAUACAGAAUUCAAAAGGCUAUAAAUUAUACAAUAUACAAUGCAUAUAAUAUUAAGAUUCAAAAGGGAAUAUUCAAGGCUUUCUUUAGCGCUUUACUGUUUUUUUUACUCCUUUUAACAUAUUAAAGUUAUACUUCUAUUUUGAAGUGUGAAGUUUGGUUUCUGUGAUGACCAUUUACAUUUAUGAAUUAUUUUUUUUCCAUAAAUCAACAAUAAAUGUAUAAUAUACCAUGCUUUAUGUUCAAUUUUACUAUCAAAAUAAAAUGAAACAUCCUCUUUCCUUAAAUGCAUAUCAAUACCCGUAUUCAUCUUAAUAAAAUAUCCUAAAUCACACCAGAACAUUUUUGUAUAUAGUCAAAAAUGGGGUGUACAAUGCUUUCAAUUUCAAUGUUACAAAAAGCACAUUUUAAAUCAAUAUCUUUUCUAAAUCUUGCAAUAACUUGUUUAACAGGGUAAAUCGCGUGAAUAAUCUUAAACGAGACCUCAUGAAUCUUAUUGGUCACACAAUAUCGUCUUGUAAUUUUAAAGAUUUCAUCCCAAUUAAUAUUUUGAAAUUGUGCAUUCCAAAAAUGUUUGGCUGAUGGAGCUGCACAAUUUUGAUAGGUUUUCCUAAGAUUUGAUAGAUUUUUUUUUUAUCUGUAAUACUUAUACCUUCCAACCUAUCAGUAAAGUCAAUAUUCCGUCUUGAAACAAUGUUAUAUUUUAAUAAUUCAAUAAGUUCAAAAGGUAUAGCAUCAAUCACAGUCAUAAAUUCCUUAAAAGAUAAUGGGAAGGAAUAUUUUCCAGCAAAUUCAGAGUGUAAGUAAAUUACCAUUGCUGUUAAAUAGUUGUGACACCAAUAAAAUAUCUUUUUUAAACCAACUGUCAAAAAGAAAAAAAAAAAAGAAAAUAUUUAUUUCUGUGCUUAAUGUAUUUAUUGUUCCAAAUUAAACAUCACAUAAGCA